UUGCAGGACAUAAUUUCGAAGUGAUGGAACAGAAAGAGGAACGUGAACAAUCAAUUUAAUAACUGUUAAAAGCGCAGUAGUGAUGGGAGCACAUAAAACAUCGAUCAUUGCGUUUUCGGUCGUAUGGGUGCAUCUAUCAUGUUCGGUAUUCUCUCAUUUCCACUGGGAACACCUGUAGUUGUGUAUGUACAAAUAUAGCAUAGAGGAAGAGGAAAACUGAAACUGCGAAUGUGAAAUCGAAUCGGGGAGAACAACAACGACCCGAAAAGACGACGAGGCGCAGUUCGUCAAAUGACAGCGGACAUUUUGUUCAUCACCAUAUUUGCAGCAGCGGUACUGCAGCCCGACGUUUUCGGAGAUCACACAAAUCUAAAUUCAUGUUUUGUUUACAAAAAAGACUAUCGAUUGGAACUGAGUGCAAACGAUAUCGAAAGUACGGAAAGCGUGGAAUUCAAAGAUGAUUGCCUCAGAUCUUGUCUUCGAUCACUACUUUCCGGUGGAUUCACAUGUCGCUCAUUGAUGCAUAUGCCAAAAGAUGAAGACUGUGUACUUACUGCACUGGACGGACAAAAAGCUCUCCGUACAGAACAAAAACCAUCUCAGAUACCUGUGAAUUUCUAUGAGAAUUUGUGUGCCAAACUUCCAGUACAAGGUGGCAUUGUUGAAGGAUUGCUGAGAGGUUUUCGAGGUGGUGAUGGUAUGAUCAAGCUGACGCAAAUUCAAGGAUCUAAUCCGUCGGUACUCGUCAUUCUAGAUGGCGUUCAUGAAAAAACGGAUUUUGACAUCACUUACCAUGAGAACGAAAUUAAGGAUUGUUUCAAAAUGACUGCGGACGAGAAGGAGAGUGGGAAGAAGCUGAUAACUCUGGAUUCCGACAGUGCGGGAAUGGCUAUUCAGCCAUGGACCGAAAUCGAAUUUGAUAUACUCAACGAUUCAGUUCUUAAUAAAACGAUUACUGUCGCGGAGGUAACCACCGGUGAAGUGAUCUUGUGUGGAAAAUUAAAAGUGAAAGGGAGUAGAGAUGAGUGGGAAAAGGCCAAAAAUGGUACACAAAGGCCUAACAAAAUUUGUUUAACUGGUAUAAUUUGUAUUCUGGUGAAUAUUUUCAUACAAAUUCAUUACCUGGUUUCGAUUUAAGAAUUGCACAUAAAACUUUAUACAGAGAUUUGAGUUUGACAAAUCAUCCAGUGAAGUAAUA